AUAAAUUUAAGUUUGAUCUUAUAAACUGAUUAGUUUGAUUUCUCUUAUGGGGCAACCCUAGAAUUUCAAUUAACUAGAGUUUUCUUUUUUGGUGUAAGGUCAUUUUCUUGCCUUAUAUUCCAUUCUAUCUCCAUUUCAAUUUCUUCAUUCUUAAACUUUAUUUCUUUCUUUGUUAUUCUCUACACACUUCAAUUUAUCUUCCAAAAUUAUUAAUAUAGGGUUUUUGAACAUUACAUUCUUAUUCGCUUGCAUGUGUACGAUUGUUACUUCUAUGCCAAUUGAAAAUCGUUACGUGAUAUUAAAAUGUUCUUCAAAAAUCAGUCCAUUCAACUGUUUCUAUCACAUCCGAGCAUGCGAUUUAUUUUCAAAAGUAAAAUGCUAGAUUAGUUUCUCACAUUCGAAUUUAUAAAGUUCGGUAAAUUUCACUAGUAGUACUUUGAUGUAUAUAUGAUCAUAAUGAGGAUUUCUUGCAUGUUCUUAUAUCUUAUGAAGUGCCCUUUACUUUUUCUUUGUGGGAAAAAAAUCUAAAUGUUGGUUCAUAACAGGCAAUGGUUUAAUUUAUUUUCUAAGCACCAACAAGAAAUGCCAGAAUCAGACAACUUUCCUUUUAUAGAAACUCCACUCUUUCUUUGCUUUUUCUUUUUAGCUAUUGGAGCUUGGAACACUACUUCUAAACAUGUCACAUGAAAGAACAGAUGCAUUUAAUCUCUCUUUACGAACAUUUGUGUUGUUCUAAACUGGUACUAUAACUAAGGAGAAACGAUUGGAUCUGAUCAAGACACCAAAAUCUUGGAGUGUUUUGAUGUCGAAAAACAGAAUAAAGACAUAUCUUAUAGAUUCUCUCUAAGAUAAUUAAGGUCACAGUAGGAAAAUUUUACCCGAGUAUAAAUCUAUCUUAAGAACCAAUCUGUAAUUUCUCAAAGAUCACACACAAUUCUUGUUUCUUGUGGCUCAAGACAAACCUCUGUUUCUCUUCUUUGAUGCUUGGUUUGAACGAUGAUAUCACGAGCCCUCUUAGUGCUCAAAUCUUCGAUUUUUGUGAUCCACAACAGUUUGAAGAAACUUUCAAUCAAUCAUCUGAAGUCAACUCUGUUUCAAACAUUCUUGACAAAUCUGGGAGCUUCCAAGACACUAACACGACUACAACAACUGAGAACAGUAACACCAACAUGAACAACAUAUUUCAAGAUGAUGAAGAUGACAACAAUAACGCUGAUCUGUCCAUAGUUUUCGAUUCACGUGAUGAUUUUGAAAACGACAUAGCAGCUUCAAUCGAUUUCUCAUCAUCCCCAUUGCAAUAUCCACUUAUAGAUCAGCUCCUUACAACAACAAAUCAAGACCAGUUUGAUUUCUCAUCCGGAGCUCAGAUUGUUCAUCAGCUUCCUAACAUUCCACACUCUGGAGACAAUCUGGCUCUACCAGCGGUUUCUUCUAUAGCUCCUCCUCUAUUACCAUUAGGGGUUUUCGAAGAAGACUGUCUUUCUUCUGUCCCAAGUUACAAUCUUGGCUUAAACCCUAACCCUUGCUCUUUCUUUCGUACUUCCGGUUUACCGGCAUAUAUGAGCACCGGUUUAUUAUCUUCUGAUAAUAGUUCUGGUUUAUAUCCCGGACAUAUUCAUCUGGGACCAGAUUUCAACAAACCACGUGAUCAACUUAUGGAUUUUCAAACUGAUAAUGGUGGAUUAUUCUGUCCGGAUUCCAUCAAAGGCAUCUUUAAUCCAGGAGAUCUCCAGGUACUUAAUGGCGUCGAGAACCAAAGCCAAUUAGUGAUACCUCAAACUCAUCCAACAUUAGGACCGGUUGAGAUAACCGGUUUAGAAGAUUCAACGUUAAAUAAAGUUGUGAAACUCUCCCCUGAACAAAGAAAAGAGAGGAUCAAUAGGUACAUGAAGAAAAGAAACGAAAGGAAUUUCAGCAAAAAAAUCAAGUAUGCGUGUAGGAAAACAUUGGCUGAUAGUCGUCCAAGAGUUCGAGGAAGAUUUGCGAAGAAUGAUGAAUUUGGUGAACUAACUAAACAAGGUUCUUCAAGCCAUUAUGAUGAUGAAGACGGGGUGGGCUUAAAGGAUGAGGAACAAUUGGUAGAUUCUUCCGACAUUUUUGCACACAUUAGUGGACCCAAUUCCUUCAAGUGCAACUACUCAAUUCAGUCAUGGAUUUGAGUUUCAAGUCUUAUUAUAAGAUUCAUGUUUAUAACAUGAAUCUUAUAUAGUUAUAUAUAACUAGUACUCCUAUAGAGUUAUUUCUUGUUACUUAAUUAGUAUAUGUGUUUUUGUAAUGCUGCCGUCAAAACAAAAUAACAAAAUAAAGAAAGAAAGAAUAAUGGGCGGCUUAGGUAGGUUUGGAUGAAUAAAACAGUUGUGAAGAAGGAUGUUUUUUCACUAAAAACAAUGAAUAAGCGAAGAAGAUUGUCUAACUACUUUACAUAGAAAAUUGCAAAUUUUGUAGAUAUAUGUAGUGCCUUGUAUUUAAAAGAUAUGACAUAUGGAAUGUCUUUAGUAAAAAGGCUUAAAAGUUUUUAUUUCACCUGAAUACUAUAUUAUAAACCUUGGCCAUAGAUCUACACACUCUUUUCUGGUAGCUCCAGUAAUCGCAGAACCUAAAAUCUCAUAAUAUGUUGAAAAGAUCUUAUAUAGAAAACAUGAUGUACAUGAUAAAAAAAAUGUGAUGACUGAUUAAUGAGUUCCGUAAGAGAAAUGAAUGGGCAAAGUACCUUUCAUUUCUUCCUUAGGGUUAACAAUUACACCCGCAUUAUCUACAAGCGUACGAGAUGGGGAGAUGAAAACCGUCAUCUCAAAAAGAUAUAUUAUGAUCCAACAUCAAGAGUUUAAAUGUACAAUACUAAUAUUAAAAGACUUAAACCAAUCCAUUUGUUUUGUUUUGAGUUGAAAGUCCAUGUAAUCUUUUUCUUCUGUAUUACUAUUUUUUCUUCUGCCACAUAUAAUGAAUUGAUGAAAAUCUCAUUUUAUUUAUUCAACAAAUAUUACACAACAAUAUAUCCAAGAACACAAACGUUUUAUUCCACAUAGAGUUUUUGUUUUCUGUCCUUUUCCUAAUUAAGAUUGAGAGCAUAAUAAUACAAACGGACAAAUUUAAAAGAUAAGCAAAUUAAAUGCUUAGUCUUGCUUGCGAGAAUCGGCCUUCUCUUUAUUCUUUUUAGCACAGUAUUCAAAGAAACUUGCAUCAAAGACACCUCUCACAGCUUCUUUAGACACGAACCCUUCCUCAUCCUUUGCAAGAAGAUAGACUAGUAGCCAUUCAACUUUAUUCGCAAGCCUGCCACACACCAA